CAUAUAUACUACACACACACAAACACACACACACACUAUAAAAGAGGAAGUGUGUGUUAAUGGACGGAGAGUUGAGGAGAGUCCGUAGGAGAGGUCAGAAAUGCACUCUACACACUGUAUACUACACACUGUAUACUACACACACUACAUAUUACAUAUAUACUACACUCACACACACACACACACAAAAGUGUGUGUUAAUGGACGGAGAGCUAAGGAGAGUCCGCAAGAGAGGUCAGAAAUGCACACUGCAUACUACACACACUACAUAUAUACUACACACUGUAUACUACACACACACUACAUAUAUACUACACACUGCAUACUACACACACACUAUAGAGGAGGAAGUGUGUGUUAAUGGACGGUGAGCUGAGGAGAGUCUGCAUGGGGAGAGGUCAAAGAUGCACACUACAUGCACACUACUUAUAUACUACACACUGCAUACUACACGCACACUACAUAUUACAUAUAUACUACUCACACACACACACACACUAUAGAGGAGGAAGUGUGUGUUAUUUGACGUUGGGCUGAGGAGAGUCUGCAUGGGGAGAGGUCAGAGAUGCAAACUACAUACUACACACACAAUAUGUACUACAUAUAUACUACACACACACACACACACACACACACACACUCACUAUAGAAGAGAAAGUGUGUGUGUGUGAAUGGACGGAGAGUCAGCAGGUGGAGAGGUUAUAAGCACACUACACACUGCAUACUACACACACAUGCAAACACACCAUAAUACACACGUGAACACACAAAUUGAUCUGCUAAUAGAUACCAGUAGGAUGGUUUAUGUAGUCAAGAGGAUAAGUGUGUGUGUUCCAGUGUGGAUUUGUGGAACAUCAGACCGAUUUUCUGCUCCGCUCAAGAACCACAGAGAUCAAGAACAGACCCCAGAUCAGACGCUCAGUAUCGAGCAGUCAGUCUGUUUACUAGAAGAUGAAACCAGAGCUCCAGAAAUCAAACAGGAACAGGAACCAGCAGGCACUGAACAGCAGAUUCCCAGUGAGCACAACACAGAGAUCCCAAAAGCAAAUUUUGAUGCUUCGGAAAUCCAAAACACACUCUUCGCACACACACAGACAUCAGCAGAGCAUGUAAAACACGACCAAGAGGAAGAGGAGGAGUGUGUGGAGCUCCAGGUUAAAGCUGAAGAAGAAAACCACCAGCACUGGACAUUUGAACAACCCAUCGACGUCCAGCUAGAAAACACACCAGCAGAACAACCCCUCCAGCAUGAAGACGACACGCAUGCACAAUCAGACGAUCACACACAGAUGGAGUUCAAUGCGGGAGAGCGUGACGAGGCUUCUAUGUGUGGUGUGAGCGCGAGCGUGCGGCGGCUGCGGACUCAUUGGCACUCCGGUGUGGAGGUGAAGCGCUACAGCUGCACGUUCUGCCGCAAAAACUUCAGUCGCUUUAGUCAGCUGAAGGAGCAUCUGCGCAGUCACACUGGAGAAAAGCCCUUCACCUGCGCGCAGUGCGGACGCAGCUUCACCAAACACUGUAAUCUCAUCCGACACGCCGUCGUGCACAGCGGAGAGAAGCCGUAUCAAUGCACACAGUGCGGGAAACGCUUCACACAGAGAUCCAGCCUCAAAUCACACCAGCGCAUGCACACAGACGCCUGGGAGAACAGGUGAUCCUGACGGUGGAGGAGUAAACCGCUGUUUCCAUCCUUUUAUUUUUAUGCACACUUUGGAAUAUUGCAUUAAGUUACAACUACAGUAAUUAAUCUGUUGUGCUGAUUCAAUUGUUGCUAUGGAAACACAACAACUACAGUAAUUGAUCUGUUGUAGUGACUCUAUAAUUGCCAUGGUAACAACAAAUACAGUAAUUGAUCUGUUAUAGCGAUUAUAUAGUUGCCAUGGUAACAACAAUUACAAUAAUUCAUCUGUUAUAGCGAUUCUAUAGUUGCCAUGGUAACAACAACUACAGUAAUUGAUCCGUUAUAGCGAUUCUAUAGUUGCCAUGGUAACAACAAAUACAGUAAUUAAUAUGUUAUAGUGAUUCUAUAGUUGCCAUGGUAACACAACAACUACAGUAAUUGAUCUGUUGUAGCUAACUAAUAGUUACCAUGGUAACAACAAAUACAGUAAUUGAUCUGUUAUAGCGAUUCUAUAGUUGCCAUGGUAACAACAACUACAGUAAUUGAUCCGUUAUAGCGAUUCUAUAGUUGCCAUGGCAACACAACAACUACAGUAAUUGAUCUGUUAUAGCGAUUCUAUAGUUGUCAUGGUAACACAACAAAUACAGUAAUCUUUUGUGCCGAUUCUAUAGUUGCAACAGUAACUCAACAACUGCAGUAAUUGAUCUGUUGUGUUGAUUCUAUAGUUGCCAUGGUAACACAAGUUGAGUAAUUGAUCUGUUGUAUCAAUUCUAUAGUUGCCAUGGUAACAUUACAACUACAGUAAUUGAACCGUUGUAGAUACUCUGCAGUUGCCAUGGUAAAACAACAACUAUAGUAAUUGAUCUGUUGUGGCAGUUCUAUAUUUGCCAUUGUAACAAAACAACUACAGUAAUUGAUUCAUUGUGGUCUUUUUAUAGUUGCUAUGGUAACAACAUCAACUACAGUAAUUGGUCUGUUUUGGCGAUUCUAUAGUUUCCAUGGUAACAACUACUGUAAUUGAUCUGUUGUGCUGAUUCUACAAUUGCAAUGGUAAAACAACAACUACAGUAAUUGAUCUGUUAUGCUAAUUCUAUAGUUGCCAUGGUAACAUAACUUCAGUAAUUGACCCUUCGCUAAGCCACACCCGAAAACAGUCACAGACCAAUCGUGGCUGAGCAACUGUAAAUAGGCGUAGGAGGUUUGUCAGGCUUUCGAGCAAGGGAAACAAGCCAAAGCGUUGUGCAUAUGGAUUAUGCAAAUCUGAUACCCGGUAUCCUAAAAGUUUGGAUGGGGUAGUGGAAUUUCUCCGAGGGGAGAAAUGCCAGGCGUAGAUCAAGCCAUGUGGGGGCCAUAAAGGCAGCACAAUUCAGUCAUUU